ACAAUAAUAGACAGCCCCUGCGGCCCCCCGCGCGCAGCUCGGCUCCUCAGCCCGGCGCGGGGCCGGGACAGAUUCAAACUCGGCCGAGCGUUGGCGGCGCCCGCCGCGGAGAGGGACGGGCGCGAGCGAGCCCAUGGGGGAGGGGCCGCUGCCAGAUAGGGAGCCGCCAGCGCGGGUGGCGGGAGGAGGAGCCCAGGUGUCCCUUCCUGCCACAUCCGGAGCUCCGGCGCCCCGCCCCCGAGGUGCGCUGUAGCCGAGGAGCGGCGGGGGACGCACAAAGGCGCGCUCGCUCCUGAGGUUAACUACAUUAAUAGAGCAAGGAGAAUUGUGAAAAACAUCCCAGUGUCCUCUUUCCAUGUGCGCAGAGUUUCCAUUUGACUUGAUUACUUGUAACUGAGGAUCAAAUUGGAUAAGUAGCAUUUGCUUUCUAUACCAUAAUGUGUCCAUGUGCCCUAGAAGCCAUGUAAUGCAAAGCGCAUAUUUAGAAGCAAAUACAAACUGUCAUUAAAGUGCGUAUUUAGAGACUGCAGGAGUGCACCACAUUUGAUGGCUUCUUCAGAGCAAUUAUGAGCUACCUGCCAGUCUUUUGGGGUUUUUUAAAAAGAUAUUUCUCCUAAAAGGGGAUUGUUUAACGCUGUAGAUCAGCAGUUCCCCAGAUGUGGUCCACAAAAUACUUGUUAGUAGACAGCUUGCUGGUUACGUGUUGCUGUAUUUUCUAUAUAAGUGGUUGAUGUAGUUACUGGAGGCUGUGUGUUCAGUCGCUUAUGGCAGAAAAAUGAUUUUAGGAAGUAAAAAGAAGUCUUUUAGACAAUCUCUCCAAGAUGUAGUCCAUCCUAUGAAAAUAUUGUGACUUACUACUGUAGACCAUAGUGGUUUCCGUGGGCACAACAGCUCUAAUCAUUUACUAUGUGGGGAGGUUUAUCACAUAGAUAUGCAAGACCAUAGCGGUUACUUUGGAGCAGUUAGUGUGCCGUUGUGCUGUCAUAUAUUCACUGAGACUAUGUAUUAUAAUGUCCUGUUAGCUGGGUGUCUUUCUCUUAUUUAAAAUUAUAUUCUAAAAUUCAUAUGACAAGGUGUAUCUGACAUUUCAAGUUUAUUCUCUUAAUCUUUAGGGGAUAUACUUAGUGUUGACUGUAGUUAUUCACUAAUUAGCCAGGAUGUGGACCAUAAACAAUCUUGUAUUUAAUUAAGAUGGAAUGUCUGUAAUUAAAAUAGACUAAAAGAAAUAGUUGCCUAAAAUGAAUUGUAUUACUCUAUAUGGGUGUACUUGUCUUCCCCAGCCCACAUCCAGGAUCAAUUCUUCCAUAAGCUCCAAAGUGACAUGCUAUUGCUACAGCUUUGAUGUAGGAGAUUUUAGCUAAUAAUUCACCAUAUCGCACUUGGUCAGUAUUAGUGAAGAGUGUGACGUGGUUAGUAUGUAGACCCAAAUAAUUAACCUUUCUGCCAAGUUUAAACUUUCUAGGGGCUUCACCCAUGAUGACAUGUUGCAUCUGGAGUAUGACUUCUUUGAGCUCUCUGAGUGAGGCUGCCAGAUAAACGUUCAACAGCAGUUUAAGACCUGUAGUAUUCCAAAUAAAAUGAAUAAAGCACGAGUCUUUCUCUUCCCACUGUAAAAAUUCUCAGAACAAAGAUGAUCCAAAAGUAAACUGAGCCUAACUUUAUCCAGUGUGGUCAUAGUUUAUAGGGUCUUUGUGAGGUGGCUUCCUAAUAAAUUCAACAUACUACUUCAAGAUUGUGUCUAGGUUAAAUAAAACAUUUGGGUUAGGAUGUUGUAAUUUGUUUUUCUCCACUUGAGAGAUUAUAAUUAUGGAAUGAAAGAAGAUAAGAUCUGUUUAUGUGAAAUACAAGACUUCAGCAAUGAAGAAAAGAACAGCUGAAGAAAGUAAGAGCUGGCCUUAUAUCCAGUCCCGUGUACUUUUAUUUACGCAGUAUCUUUCCUCAAAAGAUCGAUAAGGCUAUUUGCUAGGAGUUUUUUUAAAGUUAGUUAUCUUACUAAACGGCUGGAAAUUGUAUUUCAUUAAUGUAUAUGAAGCAGGAUAUACCAAUAGCAUACAAAGAAAUUAUAACAAGGAAAGAAUAUAUAGAAGAGAAGGACUGUUUUAAGAUAUCAGGUUUUUCAUUGGCAAAAGACAUGUUUGACCAAAAUCAUCCACUAGGCUUCAGUGGAGUUACACUCUGGAUCAACUUAGCCCUUUCCCUUACUAUAUAGAAUACAAGAUAUACACACUUGUAACUAAAGAAUGUGCUACUUUGAAGCAAAGAGAUUUGUAGAUGGAUAUUCUGGGUUGGCAUACUUUCUAAACAAUACAGAAUGCCUUGCGCGUUCAAUGAAAUGUGUGUAUUCAUAAAUAUGGGGUCUGAUUGAGUAUUUUCCAUGAAUCAUGUAGCUAGAACCAAAAAGACCUAGCUAUGAUUAAGGCUACAUUUUAGUCAUGGGUAUUUUUAGUAAAAGUCAGGGACAGAUCACAGGCAGUAAACAAAAAUGUACGGCCCGUGACAAGUCCGUGACUUGUACUAUAUACCCCUAACUAAAUCUUGGGUGGGGGUGUGGCCCAGAGGUGCCACGGGUGCUCUGGGGGGGCCAGUGGUGCGCAGCCCGGGAUCCCUGCUGGGGGGUUUGGCGGGGCCGGCAGGCUCCCUACCCAGCUUCUUGCGGCUCUUCCCCCCCCCCCCCCCGAAGGAGGCGUGGCCAGAUGGCUCUGCAUGCUGUCUCUGCCCUGAGCACCAGGUCUGCAGCCCCCAUUGGCCAGGAACUGCAGCCAAUGGGAUCUGCGGGGGCAGUGCCUGCGCGCGGAGCCAUCAGCUAGGAGCUGAGGGAGAGACGUGUCACCGCUUCCGGGGAGACCCCUGAGACACAAUGAUACAGGCUAUACAAUUUCUAACAAUGGACAUCUUUGUCAUUUGUAUGUGGGUGGACUGAUUACCAUAUAAAGUACUUUCCUCAAGGGUAGAAUUUUUCUGCCUGCAUUGUGGUGGAUUGAACAGAUCUAAUCCAUGAGUAAUGUCCAGACCAGUGGAUGCCUUCCAUUAUGAGAAAUAAAAAUUAAGGUGACGAGCAUAAUCUGCAGUAUUGAAGCAUGAGUGCUGAUGCCAGUCAGGGGGUGAUCACCACCCCUCCCCCUCCCAGCAUGCCUCACAAAGAGAGGUAUUUUGACCGCAUCAAUGAAAAUGACCCAGAGUACAUCCGUGAGAGAAACAUGUCUCCUGAUCUGAGACAAGACUUCAACAUGAUGGAGCAAAGGAAGAGGGUCACUCAGAUACUGCAGAGUCCCGCCUUCCGAGAAGACCUGGAAUGUCUUAUUCAAGAACAGAUGAAGAAGGGCCGUAACCCAACUGGACUGCUUGCAUUACAACAGAUUGCCGAUUACAUCAUGGCAAGCUCUUUUGCAGGUUUCUCUUCAUCUCCAUUGAGCCUUGGAAUGGUUACUCCCAUCAAUGACCUACCUGGAAUAGACACCACCUCAUUUGUUAAGGGAGAAAAACUUACUCGUUGUAAAUUAGCCAGCUUGUAUAGGUUGGCUGACUUGUUUGGAUGGGCACACUUAGCAAAUUCCUACAUCACAGUAAGAGUAAGCAAAGAACAGGACCACAUUCUAAUCAUUCCAAGAGGUCUGUCUUUUUCUGAAGCUUCAGCCUCCAAUUUGGUUAAAUUAAAUAUCUUAGGAGAUGUAGUUGACCAGGGGAGUACCAAUCUGAACAUCGACAAUGCAGGAUUCAGUCCACAUGCUGCCAUCUACUCCAUGCGCCCUGAUGUCAGAUGUGUGAUACACAUACACACCCCUGCAACUGCAGCUGUUUCAUCUAUGAAGUGUGGUAUCCUUCCAAUCUCUCAGGAGGCUCUGAUUCUGGGAGAUGUUGCUUACUACGAUUACCAAGGAUCUCUCGAUGAACAGGAAGAGAGAAUUCAGCUUCAGAAGGUUCUUGGGCCAAGUUGCAAGGUGCUGGUCUUGAGAAAUCAUGGUGUGGUAGCCUUAGGAGAGACAUUAGAGGAGGCCUUUCACUAUAUUUUCAAUGUGCAGCUUGCCUGUGAAAUACAGGUUCAUGCAUUAGCUGGUGCAGGUGGAAUAGACAAUCUUCUUGUACUAGACCUGCAGAAGUACAAGCCUUUCACACACGCUGUGGCAGCAGCUGGAGGAGGUGGAGUUAAUAUGGGCUCCCAACAAAAAUGGAAAGUUGGGGAACAAGAGUUUGAAGCUCUCAUGAGAAUGCUAGACAACCUGGGAUACAGAACUGGCUAUGCUUACAGGCAACCUCUAGUCAGAGAAAAACCCAGGCACAAGAGUGAUGUUGAGAUCCCAGCCACUGUGACUGCCUUUUCUUUCGAAGAUGAUACAGUUCCACUUUCCCCUCUCAAAUUCCUAGCACAAAGACAACAGCGAGAAAAGACAAGAUGGCUGAACUCUCCAAAUACAUACUUAAAAGUGAAUGUGCCUGAGGAGUCUUGGAAUGGAGAGACUAGUCCCAGAACUAAGAUAACGUGGAUGAAAGCUGAAGACUCCUCCAAGAUUAGUGGAGGAACUCCAAUCAAAAUUGAAGAUCCUAACCAAUUUGUGCCUCUAAAUACAAACCCAAGUGACGUGUUAGAAAAGAGGAAUAAGAUUCGUGAGCAAAACCGAUAUGACUUAAAGACAGCAGGACCACAGUCUCAAUUACUUGCUGGGAUUGUUGUGGAUAAAAAGCCUAGUCCACCCAUGCAGUUUGAGGAAGAUGAGCAUGCACCACCAGCCCCUCCCAAUCCAUUCAGCGAUCUUACAGAAAAGGAACUGGAUGAGUACAAGAAGACAAUUGAGCGCAAGCAGCAAGGAGUGGAAGAAAAUCAUGAAGAUAUGUAUGCCCAGAAUGCUAACCUCAUCUCCACAGAGGUACCUGUUGUGGUGGUGAAUGGCAAGGAAGAUAUGCAUGACGUGGAAGAAGAUCUCACCCAGCGGGUCAGUCAGUUAACCACUAGUACUGUGGAGAGCAUAGAGAUUACAAUUAAAACCUCUGAAAAGAUUGAAGAGACCCUGUCCCCUGAGGGCUCCCCUUCCAAAUCUCCAUCAAAGAAGAAGAAGAAAUUCCGCACUCCAUCUUUUCUGAAAAAGAACAAAAAGAAGGAAAAGGUGGAAGCAUAAGUGCAGCUUUGUUGUUAAGAGAAGGCAUUGCACGUUUUAAAACCACGUUUUAAGUUGAACAUUAACAAAGUAGUGUUAGGGGUGUGCAGUAAACUGGACCUUAACCUAUGAACAGAACUGGAAAAGGUUUUACUAAAAACAAUUUUUAUGUUAAAUAAGAAAUUAAUUCAUCUCUCACUUAAUGUCCAAAAUUACUGAGGGUUUGAAACAUUUAGUAGUUUCACAUAGAGCUACACUGGCAGGUGCUCUAAUACUAUCAUAGUGAGAUCAGAUACCAUUGUAGUACAUUGUUGUGGCAAGUUACACUUGGAGUAUUUUGCAGACCUUAAAAUCUUCAGCACAGUUGAAGUCUCUAAUAGAGCUACUGUUGAGUGAUUAUAUGAAUUUUCAUUUUUAAACUGCUGCCUCACUUGGUAAUCAUAUAAUACUUUUUUGUAUUGUGAUUCAGACCAUAUAUUUUAUUUCUGUACCCUGCUUCAGUGGGUCAUAUUAACAGCACACCUUUAAAUCUUUUAAGGUUAGAUUAUAUAGAAUAUUAUACACUGGCACAUAUUAGAAGAAAAACUGUAAGAGAAAUUUUAUUUGGAAUUAUACAAAAUGUGUAAGAAGACCAUUCAUCAAUAACUUUUUUGCCAAAUAUUUCAUUUUAGUGAAAUAUAAUUUUUGAAUACUUCUUUUUUAUUCUAUCAGUUGGGAAAAAACCCUUAUUUUUCAAUAAAGGGGAUUUUAUACACUUAACAUUGAUAAUUUAGUUAAACUAUGGCAAAACAAAAUAAGAUUUUAUAUGUUGAAAUGUUUGUAUACCAUUUAGUAUAAAAGUAUUAUACGCAUGUAAACCAAGCGUCUAACAGUAGAGUGUAUUUAAGGAUGCUUGGUUUAGAGUAUACUUAAAUAUAAUUCAGGAAUCCAGGGACUCCGCUAUCAAAGGAUUAAAGCAUAUAAAAUUAAACUGGAUUCAUGUUUAAAUCUUACUGUGUUUUUUCCCUCAUGGCAUUGCUAAUGAAUGAAGAAAAAUAAUCUCUUAACAUAACCAAAUGAAGGAAACAAAACUGUUAAAAGGGAAAGUGAAAUAGUAAGAAAAUAGAAUGAUGCAAAGAAAGUAAAAGUUUGGUGAUUAUUUUUUAUUAAAUAUAUGAUAUGGAUUGUGAGGUAUUUUUAUUAAAUCAGCAAAAUCACAUUUCCAUAUUAGAAGUUAAAAUAACUUGCAUGGUUUCACAUGGAGAUCUACGCUUUUUUCUCACUUUCAGUUUAAUUUUAAAAGGGUCUUAUUAAUCUGUGUCGUGUCCUUCAGACAAACCCAGAACAAAUUAGAUCUUAGUGCCAUGGGUAGUGGCAGUCGUGCCACUUACUCAUUUUUGCUGAUAUUUUCAUUUUUGCUUUUUACUGUAUUGUAAAAACAAACUAAACAUAGAAAUUAACAUAAGGUUUUUUCUUCUCAAAUUUGUCAUAGUACAUCAGUCAUUGCAAUAGCAAAUAAAUUUAAAAGAUCAGUGUGAUUCCCAGAUUGCCAGUUGAUAUAUAUACAGUAUAUAGAUUAAGUAUGGCUGGAGAGUGGUUUGGCAUGCAAAAAUGUUGACUAUAGCAUGUUCUGGGGCUGGUUAGCUUUGACCAUGUAAGUGUGACAAUGCAAUGUUGGAAUGGAUCCUGGAAAUGAUAUUCUAGUUAUCACUAAAUACUGGAAACAGUGUUUUUAAUCUUAGUGGAAACUUCCAGUUGCUUAACUUGGGGGGUUUUUUGUUUUGUUUUGUUUUUUUAUGUUCUACAUUAUUUGUGUUGUAUUACAACAUAUGUAGAAACAGUAACCUGUGAACUAUGCUUUUCAUAACUUUUUUUAAAAAAUAUAUCUAAAUGAAUGCAAUGUGCAUAAAUAUUUUUUAAAAUGCAACCGUGAACUAUUUGCACCUUUUGCUAAUGCCUCUAUUUACUUGCUUUGGCAUAAAGAAUGAGCCAGCCAACUCUGUGUCCUGUGGAAAAUAUAUAAAUGUUAUCUGAAAUUGCUCAUAGAUGUAAUGCUAAUUAAUGUUAAAUCACAAAUAAACAGUAUUUUAAAUAGA